UUGGUACUUCGAUACUGGGUCUGAGAAAGCCUAUAACACACGCACAAAUUAUGGAUUUUGUAUUUUUAUGCUCAAUAAUAAUUUAUUUUAAAAAUUUUAAAGAUAAAGGGAUUUACAAACACGAUUAAAAAAAAAAAUACUAAUACGGAUUUAAGGUAAAUAAUAUUUUAUGCAUAUAUAUCACUAAAUUUCUUUAACGAAUAUUACUCUGUUAUUUUUCAAAUAGGUAAAAAUCUUCAUAAUGAUCUUUAUAAAUAUCCAAAACGCCUUAAACUCAAUUGAUCAUGAAUUUUUGUAUUCUGUUUAGGCUAAAAUCAUGUAGAUUUCAUCAACGUAUUGAGAAAAUAUGUGUUUAUUGUUUAAAUAUAGAAGAUAUGGAGCUAGAGAGAGACUUGCGUCCUAAUUCAUAAACCACUAAAGAAUAUGGAUCAAAUAUGCCACAUAAGGAAAGCAAAUAUUAUACCAUUAACGACACUAAUUCCAAAUAUGAAACCCAUUAUGUAAAAUAUAAAGAUGGUUACCAUAUUGGUAUAGAUUUAUAAAUCCAGUAUUGAUUAUCGAAACCAAUAUAAAUAUACACCACUCUCGUUCAUUUUGCAAAGGAAAACAAAACCUUUUAGUUCAUACAACUCCAAAUAGUUUUUCCUCACGAGUUCUUCAAAGAUGACAAGCAUGUUUUCGUCAAAUCGUCAGACUACAAGACUGACUUGUGGGUUCAAAGUGAACACUAGCUCUCCCGAAUGGCACAAGAGCAUGACGAAAAUUCUUAAGAAAAUCAAAGGAGGAAACUUUUGGAUAGACGUGGACGAAGGAAUGGCUUACGUAACGGGUCAAGGCGACCCAAACAAGCUAUUGAAAUUGAUGGCUUCAAGGAAAGGUAAAGACGCUGAAAUGGCGUUUGUGAAAACCGGAACACAUCAUCAUCAUGAUCAUUCCCAUUUUGGCAACAGUUAUCAAAACUCUUACUUUGGCCAAUCAACGCCUUAUUGGCCUGGAGAUAUGAAUAUGAGCAACUACCAUCCGUCAUCGUCUCACGGUUACUACCCUUCGGCACCGCCGGCUAUGCAACCUUACCAACAACAAUAUCCUUAUUCGGGUGGAUAUGGUUACGGCUAUUAUUAGGGCUUUAUGUAGUUCUAUUUUAUAUAACUACGUAUGUCGAGAUCAAGCAAAACCCUUCUUUUUAAUCAAGGGUUUUCUGCUUGUAUCCGUUUUUCUUUCUUUUUUUGCUUUAUUGGAUGAAAAUUCUCUCUGCUAUUUAUUAGUAUUAGCAGAAGAGGAUCGAGGAGAAUUUAUUUCUCUGUGUUUUGUUUUUUGGUGAUUUUUUAUGAAUCCGAUGAUUAUUAGGAAGUUUAAAUGGAUGUUUGAAGUUUGCAUUUACAAGUUUGCAUAAUUUUCCUUAAAGGUAUAAUAUGAUCAAUUAUAUAUACUAUAAAGUCUAUAAUUAAGACCAUAGUAUGUCAAAAACAAAUCCAUCUUGAUUCUCUUCACGGGAAAGCUUCAAUGGGUUUUCUAUUCACUUGAUUUCAGGAUAAAUUAUUAUCCUUUUGUUGAACAUGUUUGCAUCCGCAACCAAACCCGUCUAACUAAUGAUCUUUCCCAUCUUCACUGCCGAAAGCAAACCCUCUUUAUUUUCCGUCACUAACGAGAAUAACGUUUGAGUUGUAGUCGUAGAACGUCAAGGCGAGGUGCCUCAAAUCUCUUUACAUCCUCAUGUCACCCCAUGAUCAAAUCGCUAUUUCGUUACUUUAUUAUUUAUUUCUUUUACCUUUUAUAUAUCUCCAGAAUAAAAAUUCUCUAGUUUUGCUUUUGCUUGUCAACAACUUGGUGGCAAUGGUAGAUGGAAAACUCAUCUUUCUUGGCCUCAGCAACUCCAUACACAAUCUUCCAAUCACUUGUCAAUCAUGGAGAUUAUUUUCUAGAUUCGCCCUUGCUUGACACCAACUUGGUAGUAGUAAUGGUGAGAAAUCGCUUCUCUUGUCAAUCAUCAAGAUUUUUGUCUUUAAAUUUCAUUAGAUAUUUUCUUUAUUGUCAAAGAUAUAGUGUCACGAGACUUGCGUCUUAAUUUGUUACCACUAAAGAAUUUGGAUUAUCAGAGUGCCACAUAAAGGAAGAAAAUUCUAUACCAUUAACGACACUAAUUCCAAAUAUGGAACCCUUAAUGUUAUUUAAGUAUAGAUAUGAUCAUACAGAUUUAAAAAUUGCAAUAUUAAGUUAUUACAAUAUUUCGACCCGCGCAAUAUAUGAUCGCGCGGUUUUUGUUUUCAUUUAUUUUUAUAUAAAUAUUUUGUUUUAAAUUUUAAAUUAGUAUAUAUUAUAAUCUAUGUGUCUAUCAAUUUUUAAAACAUAAUAAGUUUACGGUAUAUUUUUUUCAUUGAAUAGAUUGUUUUAAACUUUUACAUGUAUUUGUAUCUUCUUCUAUAUAUAUAUAUAUUCAGAUUAUUAUUUC